UUGGGUCCUUUAACAACCCGGAAGUAGAGGCUGUCGCGUGCAGGCUCUAUGAUGCCGGCUUGUUGUACGUCUUUAAAAUACUUGCAUUUUACUCCACAUUCCAGGGAUUAAUGUUUGAGUUUUUAGAGGUUUGGAAAGAAAAAAAAAGUCUGGAGAUGAAAGUUGUCGCGCUAAUAAGUGGAGGAAAAGACAGCUGCUACAACAUGAUGCAGUGUGUUGCUGCUGGCCAUCACAUUGCAGCUCUGGCCAAUCUGCGUCCUGCUGACACAGAUGAGUUGGACAGCUACAUGUACCAAACUGUGGGUCACCAGGCCAUAGGGCUGUACGCCGAGGCCAUGGACGUACCUCUAUACCGACGCACCAUCCAGGGCUUCAGCUUGGACACCGGCAGAGACUACCGUGAGACAGCAGGGGACGAGGUGGAAGACCUUUAUGAGCUGCUGAGCCUUGUCAAGGACAAAGAAGGUGUUGAGGCUGUGUCCGCAGGAGCUAUUCUUUCUGAUUACCAGCGGGUCCGUGUUGAAAAUGUGUGUCUGCGUCUUGGUUUGCAGCCUCUAGCCUACCUAUGGCGCCGAGACCAGGAGUCGCUGCUCGCUGAGAUGAUAUCAUCUGACCUCCACGCCAUCCUCAUCAAAGUUGCCGCCUUUGGCCUGGAUCCCGACAAGCAUCUGGGAAAGUCUCUGGCUGACAUGGAGCCUUACCUGAAACAGCUCUCGCAGAAGUACGGCGUCCAUAUUUGUGGCGAAGGAGGGGAAUAUGAAACAUUGACCCUGGAUUGUCCCCUCUUCAAAAAGAGGCUCGUCAUUGAUGCGGCGGAGACAGUGAUACACUCUGCGGACGCCUUCGCUCCGGUUGGCUACCUUCGUUUCACUGCCAUGCACACCGAGAGCAAACCCAGUGAUGUGGCGGCGAGAGCGGUGGCUCGUUGUCCUUGCCGAAGCGCCAUUGACGAUAUUACGGAGGAGGUGGAAUAUGCUGAUGAAGCCGGAGACCACCACCAACGCCACGGCCGAGUAUUUACAUCAGACGCUGACCUUAGUUGUCAGCGGGGCCACGUGCUUCCUGGAGAUGUGCUUCCGUCAUGCUCGUUCAGGAGUUCCAGAGGUUAUCAGUGGAUCUCUGGUAUCAACGGGCUACAAAGCCAAGACUCCGGGAUAAAGAGCCAGACUGCGGCAGCUUUCAUACUCUUGCAAAGUGAGUUGGACAACAGAAACUGGGGCAUGAAGGACAUUGUCCUCGUUCACCUGUAUGUGAGCAACAUGGAGGACUUUGGUCCACUCAACGAGGUGUACAAGAAACACUUUGGCACAAACCCUCCUGCCCGGGUGUGUGUCCAAGCCCCGCUACCUGCUGGCCAGCUGCUGCAGAUGGACUGUCUCCUCCAUGACUGGAGCAAGCCCCCGGCGGAAGACAGCUUUCAUCAGAGAGAGGCGUUGCACGUACAGAGUCUUUCUCACUGGGCACCCGCCAACAUCGGGCCCUACAGUCAAGCCCUCAGGGUGGAUGGUGACGUGUUCUGUGCGGGCCAGAUCGCACUGAUCCCCUGCACCAUGCAGCUGGUGAAGGCCGGCGCCAGCAAACAGGCUGUGUUGUGUUUCAGCCACGUCCAAAAGGUUCUGAGGGCCGUCGUCAGCUGUUUGACUCUGGGCCACGUGGUCCAGGCCCACUGUUACGCAACCAGACGCCAGGACAUCCCCGUCAUCCGGGCCGCAUGGGAGCGCAUGCUGGAGACUGCAGAAGAGGAUGUGAUUAUAGGGCCUGACAGUAAACCUGCUCCAUCACUGAUGCUGGUUGUAGUACCUGCUUUACCCAAAAGUGCUGCCGUCGAGCUCCACGUCACAGCCAUCCACGAUGACCCCAGCCUAAGGACUUCCUGUCACAUGACCACGAAGCUGGGUUUCGGCUGCAUAGAGUGUCACACUUUGACGUCUGCUGACCGAUGCGGCGCUUCCCUGUCCCUCCGCCUGUCCGUGCUCCACCCCGAGAUCAGCGCAGACGCCAGGGAGGUCACCCAAGCCAUCGCCUCGGCUUUUGCCAAAGCCCUGAAGAAGACUGAAGCCGUGCUGGUGCCACUUUGCGCACGGGUGUUCUACAAGUGCGACCACUUGCUGGGCUGGCGGGUUGUUGAAGGCCUUGAAGACACCUUGAAAAAGUCUCUAGGAGAGUCCAGUCCCGCUGUUGCCUUGGUUCCAGUUGUGGACUUGCCUGACUGCCUCAUCCUCCAUCUGUCCUGUUGGCUCAGCGCAUGAGAAGCACAGCCAGGAUCCGCAGUUCUGUCACAGGGGCUGACUCUUGAACAACGUGAUGAUCCAAACCACAAUGUGAUCUUGGUAUUUGGGCCUAGAAUCCAUCGAUUUAAAGGGGAACAUUAUCACCAGACCUAUGUAAGCGUCAAUAUAUACCUUGAUGUUGCAGAAAAAAGACCAUAUAUUUUUUUAACCGAUUUCCGAACUCUACAGGUAAAAGCCA